AUGUACGGGGGCGCCGACUUGAUCAUCUUCAUCAUCGAGUACCCGGCGCCGGGUCGGAACAAGUCGGCCUCAGAGGUCAUCUUGCACAAGUAUGUGGGCUUUGUCGGUACUUCUGUCUUCUCCAACUUUUACAUCAGAGCUGGUAUGUACUUCAUCAUCGCAUGCGUCUGCUUUGCCGGCCUCCCGCUCAUCGUCUGCGGCCUCAUCCUCAUGAUUGCAGCCUUUAUCUACGGUUACGCAGGCUACAACGGCGAGACCGUCAACAAGGGCCGUCGCUAA